UCCAACUGGCUUGGCCCGAGCCGGCUGCCGUCCCGCCGGGAGGCUGUGUGAGGGGGGGAGGCUACGCGCGCGCGGGCGGGCUGGGAAGAUGGCGCCUGGCGGCGGGGUGGCGCUGGCCGGUGCGGGUUACUGGGCCGUGCUCUCCCGGUGCUGCGGCAGGGUGGUGGUGGCGCCUUUCUUCGGGGCCGCGGCUUACUCCUCCGUGCCUGCGGUGGAAGGCCAGCAGAGGGAAGCUUCAACAAGGAGAAGAGGGAGGACACCACAGUUUCAUGCACCUCCCAGAACUGAGAGGAUGGCUGUUGAUCAGGACUGGAGCAGUGUUUAUCCCACAGCAGCUGUGUUUAAACCUGCCUCUGUGCCUCUCCCAAUUCGAAUGGGUUACCCAGUGAAGAGAGGGGUACCUCCACCAAAAGAAGGCAACUUAGAACUUAUGAAGAUUCCCAAUUUUUUGCAUCUUACUCCUCCUGCAAUCAAGAAACACUGUGCAGCUCUUAAAGAUUUCUGCACUGAAUGGCCAAGUGCUUUGGACAGUGAUGAGAAAUGUGAACAGCAUUUUCCUAUUGAAAUUGAAACAGUAGAUUAUGUUUCUUCAGGGACAUCUAUUCGUAAUCCCAAAGCGAGAGUGGUGACUUUAAAAGUUAAACUUUCCAACCUGAAUUUGGAUGACCAUGCAAAGAAGAAGCUCAUUAAACUUGUAGGUGAGCGGUACUGUAAGGAUACAGAUAUGCUCACCAUUACAACGGACAGGUGUCCGCUGAGAAGACAGAACUACGAUUAUGGGAUACACCUCCUCACAGUUUUGUACCAUGAAUCUUGGAAAACUGAGAUGUGGGAGAGUGAGAAGAGUGAGGAAGACAUGGAAGAGUAUAUCUGGGAAAAUAGCCGCUCUCAGAAAAAUAUGCUGGAUACACUACUUCGAAUAAAAGCCUCAGAGAAUGUUAGUAAUGUAACUAAGGAAGAACUUCUUGCAUCUGAAGUAGUUAAGAAUUACAGAAACUCUGUAAUUGCACUUAAAAAUGAAGGUGAAACAGAAUAUAACAUGUCUCAGUAUAAGGAAUCCGUGAAGAAACUACUGAAUAUACAAGCAUUACCAUGAGAGCAGACUCUGCAGGUACAGAAAUAUUAAACUACUAUGUUAAUAUUUCUCUGAUAUGGAUGUAUAAUUAUUCACAACCUUAACCAAAAAUAUGAAACUUGAUGAAUUAAUUUAAAUAGUAAUCAGAUUUUUCUUUACUGCUGGAUUUUCUUGUAAAUGUAAUUUUCCUGUCCAUGAAUCUUGUUCUUUGAAUAAAGUGUAUUUUGAGUCAUA